AUGACUAUAGGAUCAUGGAAUGUUAGGGGGUUAAGGGGGGAUGGGAAGAUGAGGAUGGUAAAGGACCUAAAGAGAAAAUAUAGGUUGAACAUGUUAGGCCUGGUAGAGACUAAAAGACAGAUUAUAACAAGAUUUGAUGUUUUGAAAAUCUGGGGGAAUGGCUGUGCAGGGUGGGAGUAUGUGGGGUCUGAUGGGGCGUCUGGUGGGUUACUGUUAGUGUGGGAUGAUAUUUUCUUUAAAUUGCGUAAUUGCCAUAAAGGAGAGAGGUGGUUGUGUGUUGAAGGGAGCUUGUUGAACAAUAAUGUUGAUUGUGCUUUUUUCUUAGUUUAUGGUGCGCAUUCUAGAAAUGAAAAACUUAUUGUGUGGGAGGAAUUGAGUUACAUAACUGGUUUGUGCCAAGGCCCCUGCUGCUUUCUUGGGGACUUUAAUGAGAUUGUACAGGUGGAGGAAAGACAAGGCACAGAUACGUUAACUCCAUCGGCGGAAGAUUUCAAGAAUUGGAUAUCUGACAUGGGAUUAGAGGACUUGCCGAUCACUGACCGUAAAUUUACAUGGUUCAGGGGACGAUCUUGUAGCCGCAUCGAUAGAGCCUUGGUCAGUUUGGAAUGGCUUGAGGUGUUCCCGGAGACUCGCUUGAGAGGUGGGCCACGGGGAUUGUCAGAUCACUGUCCCAUUAUAGUGGAGGUCAAUAGGCAAAGGGAUGGCCCGAGACCGUUCAGAAGUCUAGAUUCGUGGUUGACAAAUGAAUUUUUGCCGGUAUAG